UCCUUCUCCUCUCUCUCCCGCGCUGCAUCCCAACUAUCUUGCUCGACCCGUUGCAACCUCGCAGUUGCUGGCAGAGCCUUGACAGGAAGACUGCCUCCUUUGCGGAAAGCGAUGCCAUCGACAAAGUUGACGAUGGCACAUUUCACGUCGGAUGCCAGCCGAUCGAACGCGGGUUUAAUGGCAUUGAAGGAUAUUCUGGCGGGACUUCCAGUGACUGCAGGAUACACCAGUUGGCAAGAGUUGUUCAGCAAGUUCGACAUCGACAAGUCAGGAUACCUCGACGGCCACGAGUUGAAGAGCGCGCUGCGAUCCUUGGGAGGGAGCGUUUCCGAUGAGAGGUUUGACUACAUCUUCAACUCGUUAGACUCAGACGGAGACGGUGUUGUCUCAUGGUUGGAGUUCGAAUCCAUGCUUGAACUAAUCGAGAUGCAGAUGGAAGAAGAUUUGCGGAACAAUGAUGUAAUGCUAGAUGAAACAUUCUGAUUAAACAUUGCUGUAGAUAUG